AUUUUACUGUUCGGCAAAAUAAUGAAUCACAUUUCUUCGAAAAAUUAAGAUGGCGACUUCGCUGCUGCGCAUUCGUCUGCAAGUCUGCAAUAACAUUUUUCGAAAAAACAGAGGUGGAUUUUUGUUGGCCUUUAAAAAUGUCACCACAGCACCAUACAUGGAAAAGGAAAUUGUCAGUGGAUGCAAGUUAAAUCUCCAGGGGAGUAUUUGCCAUGGUUGUGAACGUUAUUUGGUUAAAAGGUGCAUUCACCUUUCUGCAGCUGUCAAUGGCGAAAUUUUACCCUUCAAACUUGCUGAUAUUGGCGAAGGCAUUGCAGAAGUACAGGUCACUGAAUGGUAUGUGAGCGUUGGUGAUGAAGUCAAGCAGUUUGAUCAGAUAUGUGAAGUCAAAAGUGAUAAGGCUUCUGUCACCAUUACAAGUCGUUACAAUGGCGUUGUUAAAAAGCUGUAUUAUGAAGUUGACGAAGAAGCUACUGUAGGCUCUCCACUUGUUGAUAUAGAAGUUGAGGGAAGUUCAACAGAUCCUGUUGCCAAGAAUCCAGAACCAAUUCUUAAAGCCGCAUCAGCAGCCGAAACGUUGCCUCCUCCACCACCACCACCCAAAUCAACAGCGCCAGUAGCACAGCAAGUAAUGUUGCCGAAGGCAGUCACGCCAGCUGACACACGGUUGAAAAACAUUGUGCUAGCUACACCAUCUGUUCGAAAGAUUGCAAAAGAAAACAAUAUCGACCUUUCUAAUGUGCCUGGAACUGGAAGAGAUGGUCGUGUGUUAAAAGAAGACAUCCUGUUAUAUUUGGAACAACUGAUAACACCCGCAAAAGCUGUUGGAACCAUAGUUCAGCCUGCCAUAUGUGCAGAAGAUGAAGUGGUAGCCAUAAAAGGAUUAGCGAAAGCAAUGGUGAAAUCGAUGGAUGCUGCGUUACUCGUUCCCCAUUUUGGCUAUUGUGAUGAAGUUGAAGCCACUGAUCUUAUGAGACUUCGUGAAGAGUUAAAAGAAUUGUGCGCAGACCGCUGUGUGAAACUAUCCUACAUGCCUUUCUUCUUGAAAGCUGCAUCAAUGGCGUUAUCUAAAUAUCCGAUACUAAACAGCAGCUUGGAUGUGGAAAAUAUGAACAUUGUGUACAAGGCAUCUCAUAACAUUGGAGUUGCGAUGGAUACUAAAGAAGGCUUACUUGUGCCGAACAUAAAGAAUAUUCAAUCAAAAAGUGUAUUUGAGGUGGCUGAAGAUCUCAUUCGCUUACAGGAACUAGGAAUGCAGGGCAAACUUGGUAUGGAUGAUUUAAGUGACGGAACAUUUACGUUAUCGAAUAUCGGAACGAUCGGCGGUACUUACGCUAAGCCUGUCAUCCCACCACCCACUGUCGCCAUUGGUGCUCUUGGUAAAAUACAGACUCUGCCUCGUUUUGACAAAAAUAGUAAGUUGAUUAAAGCUAGUGUGUUUAACAUCAGUUGGUCGGCAGAUCAUCGAAUCAUAGACGGCGCCACAAUGGCCCGAUUUUCAAAUCUGUGGAAGUCCUACCUAGAAUGCCCGUUAAUAAUGCUGCUCGAUUUGAGAUAAUUUGUUGUCCACUGUUUCAAUGCGUCAUUCUGUAAGACAGAUAUAUCAUAGCUUGAACGAUGUACUCGUUUUGUAUGGACAUUUCAAUACGCUUUUUAUUCACAUUCAUUCCUGCACCCAUUUGUAAAGUUUGAAAAUUUUAUAGCUUGAUACUUCUUGCAUAGGCAAUCAAAAAGGAAACAACAGUCAAUCAAAAAUCAAUAAAAAAAAUUGUGCCGAACAAAUGUACGAAUUAGACAUUACUUUAUUACCUAGCGUAUUUUAGACUGUCUCAGGAGAGUUUUGAAUUAUCAAGUCAAUAUUAUUUCUAACGUUAGAUUUCUUUUUUAUGUACAACAAAAAUAUUUAAAUUUUAAUGUUUUCAUAAAAUUAAAAAUGGCAUGUGCGCUGAUAUAUUCUAUUGCAUAGAGAAAGUGGACCAUAUUGCAAAUUCAGUGAAAUGAGGGCGAUUGCGGCGCAGUAAAAUAUGCAUUAAUGUCACACGAGGACAGAUUAAAAUACUAUUUAAAGUAUGCGCUGAAUCAAAAGAAUUUACUGCUUGCCUUUCGAAAGAAAGUUUUGGAUUUUUUUGUGUUGUAGCAUUGGACUAAAAUAAAGUUUUUAUAUAACAAUAAAAGAUAAUGUUUAAAAAUAUUA